ACUUCAUUUUGUCAUUAGUUGAAUCGCACAAAUUGGACGCGGCGAUUUUUAUCAUUAUUAGUUUUGUGAACAGCAUUUUCGCACUUUUAAUUUAAGUAUUUAUUAUAAUUUCAUCAUGCUAAGCCGAAAAAGAAGAGGUAGUUCAUUAUCUUCAAGCAAACAAGAUGACGACUCUAUGCAAAUGGAUGACUCUACACCAGAACAGUCUCCUGUUUUAGUUACUUCAACGAGGAAAAAACGCCGAAUUAUAUCUGAUCCUACUGAGUUGUGUCAGCAGUUGUAUGAUUCAAUUAGAAAUAUCAAAAAAGAAGAUGGUGCAACGUUGUGUGACACUUUUAUACGAGCUCCGAAACGAAGACAAGAACCAUCUUAUUAUGAUGUUGUAGCUAAUCCAAUAGAUUUAUUGAAAAUACAACAAAAGUUAAAAACAGAUUCAUAUGAUGAUAUUGAUGAUUUGAUGAACGAUUUUGAAUUGUUGGUAAAUAAUGCUAAAGCAUUUUAUAAGUCUGAUAGUAAUGAAUACAAAGAUGCUGUGGCACUAUGGCAAUAUGUACAAACAAAUAGAAUGCGAAUUAUUGAUUCAGCAGGCGGAAUUGACGAAGAACCCAAACCAAAACGUCGGUAUACCAGACGUUUAACGGAUGGCGAUGAUACGAAUCGUAGUAUUGAAGAAGAGUUUAAUCCAUAUGAAGAACUUUUUGCUGCAGUUAUGACAGCUACUGAUCCUAGUAUGAAUGAUAGGCCACUCCAUCGUAUGUUUCAAUUAUUGCCUUCAAAGAAAGUGUAUCCUGAUUAUUAUGAUGUCAUUGAACAUCCAAUUGAUUUGCGUCUCAUAGCAACAAAAAUCCAAAUGAACGCAUAUUCUACUCUAAUUGAAAUGGAAAAAGAUCUACUACAAAUGACAAAGAAUGCGUGCCAGUUUAACGAACCGGGUUCUCAAAUAUACAAGGAUGCGAAAACUUUAAAACGCAUGUUCACUCAAAAACGAAUUGAAAUCGAUAGUGGUAAAUUUAAACCAAGUCGACGUGUUAGAACCCUAUCAAGUUCUGCAAUUGCUGCUCUGAAAGAGGAAAUAGAUAGUUCAGAUGAUGAAGAAACAAGUAAAAAAGGUGAGGGACCUAUGUGGGCAUUGUUUGAUCAUCUCUAUAAUGCGGCAGGAACAUCAGAUCAUUCUGGCAUUACUGGACCUCCUCUUGGUACUUCACUUUGGAAACUCCCAGUGCGCAGAUUUCAUCCAGAAUACUUUGAACUUAUCAAGCGACCAAUAUCGAUGAGUCAAAUUCAUACAAAAUUAAAAAAGGGAGACUAUGCUAAUAUAAGUGAUCUCACUGGAGAUUUGUAUCAGAUGUUGGACAACGCUAAAAAAGCAUUUCCUGCAACCCAUAGGACACAUAAAGAUGCGGUAAAAAUGUUAAAAAUAAUGAAUGCUAAGCUAGUAGAAGAAUCGCUUGAUCAAGAUUUAAGUGAACCAGAAGAUGUAGAAGCUGAUGAGUCAUUACCUAUUUUACCACGUAAAAAAGGACGUCCACGUAUAAACUCUAGUUCAAGCACACCAAAUACUCCAAGCUGUUCAAAUACAAAAGCUACUCGAAUACCGAUUAACGCAACCAUUAAAAAGAAGAUUCUUAGCAUUCAAAAAUACCUUGUUGAUUUUACUGUUGCCAAUAGAAGACUAAUUGACUUAUUUAUGGAGAAACCUCAAAGGAAAGUUUAUCCUGAUUAUUAUGACAUUAUACAAAAUCCCAUAGAUAUGAAUAUAAUAGAGCAUAACAUACGUUCAGAUAAGUAUUCUACAGUCGAAGAUGUAGUUGCAGACUAUCGCCUUAUGUUUUCUAACUGCCGUCAAUACAAUGAAGAGGGUUCUACUAUAUAUGAAGAUGCGAACAAUCUUGAAAAAGCGUUAAAUGAAAAAUUGAAAGAGUUUCCUGGUUUAACUGAUAUUAAAAAACCAGUGUUGAAAGGUCCAAAGUCUAGUCGGAAAAAAGUUGGCAUAACUGAUAAACUGUGGCAGUUUUAUGAGACAAUUAGAGACUUUCAAGAACUUAAGGGUAAACGACAACUCUCCCUUAUAUUUACAAAAUUGCCAUCAAAAACUGAAUAUCCUGACUAUUAUGAUAUAAUAAGAGAGCCAAUCGAUAUGGAUCGCAUAGGUCAAAAGCUAAAACAUAGUAUAUAUGAAACAGUAGACGAAUUAGCAGCUGACUUUUUACUUAUGUUAGAAAAUGCUUGCAAAUACAAUGAACCCGAUUCACAAAUAUAUAAAGAUGCAUUGGUUUUGCAACAACUUACCCUACAAACGAAGCAAACUUUACGUAAUGAACGGGAAGCUGUACCUGAUGUUUCACUUGCUGUACAAGAAAUAUUUUUGACAUUAUUUACUUCACUCUAUAAUCAUCAAGAUGAAGAGGGUCGUUGUUAUUCCGAUUCAUUAGCAGAACUACCUGAAUACGAUGAAGUUGUGGACGAAAACGGACAUACGACAAAAGUGCGUGGCAUAUCUUUGGAUCUUAUAAAACGUAGAUUGGAUAAAAGUGUUUAUAAAAGAUUUGAUAUUUUUCAAGAAGAUAUUUUUACUUGUCUUGAACGUGCGCGGAAAUUGUCUCGCACCGAUUCGGAUGUCUUUCAAGAUUCGUGCGAACUGCAAACUUUUUUCAUUAAAAAACGAGAUGAAAUAUGUAAAGAUACUUUAAGUUCUCCAGCGAUGCUUUACACAUUAGAGAAGUUACUGUCGGAGGUCGAAGCAGUUCGUCAACAGAAAAUGAUACAGGAAGAACAAGACCAAGAGGAUAAAGAAGAAGUGGAAGCAGCUGCCAUGCAAGGUGGUGAAAGUGUGACUAUAAAUCAAAAUGUGUUUUCACCUGGAGAUUUUGUAUACUUUCAACAACCAGAAAAUAAAAUUCCAAGUGUUGCUUGUAUUGAACGUCUUUGGACUACUAAUGAUGGAGUCAAGAUGAUGCAAGGUGCUGUAUUUCUUCGUCCGCAUGAAACUUUUCAUGUGGCUUCAAGAAAAUUUUUGGAAAGGGAAGUAUUUAGAAGUAGCGUUUCUCAAACAGUUUCUAUGGACAAGGUUUUGGGAAAAUGCUACGUCAUGCAUAUUAAAGACUAUAUAAAAUUAAAGCCUGAAGGUUUCGCAGAAAAAGAUGUGUUUGUAUGUGAAUCUCGUUAUAACGUUACACAACGACUUUUUAGAAAGUUUAAAACGUGGCACUUUGUUCGCGAUAAUGAUCCUAUUAAAUUUGUAACUCGAGAAGAACCUUUGGAACUAAAACGUGUGAUGUCGGUAUUUAAAGAACGUAUUGAGAAACAUAAAGGUGAAUUAGAGGAACUUAAAUUACAAGAAGCAUUAAUAGAAAAAGAAAAACCAAAUGUUCCGUGUGAUCCACCAACAAAUGCUGAAGCUAAUGCUGUUUAUUAUCAGCAGUAUAACACAAUUUGCAGUGGAGUAGUUAAAACUGGAGAUUUUGUCUACGUAGCAACUCAAACCGGUAAACAGUCUAUCGCCCAAGUUCAUCAAAUAUGGGAAAACUCAAAUAAGUCUUAUUUCCGAGGUCCAUGGCUAUUGGCGCCAAGUGAAGUAUCACCAUCACUGAGUAAGCAAUUCUUCAGACAAGAAUUGCUUUUGUCAACUGUGGAGGAAGUUAGUCCAAUAAUAGCCAUUGUUGGACGAUGCGCUGUUCUUGAAUAUUCUGAAUUUGUAACAUGUCGCCCUACAGAAUUUCCUGAAAGCGACGUUUAUAUAUGUGAAUCAGUAUAUGACGAAAUGAAAAAAUCUCUGCGAAAGAAUACAGGAGGUUUGCGUAAAUUUCAGCACAGUUCAGAUGUUACGGAAGAUGAAAUAUUUUAUUUCAAAUCACCCAUAAAACCUUUAAAGGAACCAAAAUCAAAUGAUAUGAAUGAGAGUUUAGGAAUAUUAGAUGACUCAUUGGAUGGUAAUCCACCCUCCUUGAAUUCAGAUAUAGUAGCUGUCGCUUCUCCAGCGCCGUCAGUUUCUUCUACUCCGAUAUCGUCAAAAAUUAAAACAAAAAUAGCUAAGAAAAGUCUUACAGGUUACAUACUAUAUUCAAGUGAAGUGCGAAAAGGUAUAAGUCAAAGUAACCCUGAAGCAUCCUUCGGUGAUAUAUCGCGUAUGGUAGGAAAUGAAUGGAAAAACUUGCCAGCUAGUGUGAAACAAAACUGGGAAGAUAAGGCUUCUAAAUUAAAUGCAGAGUUUGCAGCAGCUCGUUUACUUGAAGUUGAGGAAGGGUUAAAUUGUAUUAGUCCAAACCCAACUGAUGUGUUAGGCGGACUUACAUAUGAAUGUCUUUGGGAUAAAUGCGAUGUUCAAUUCGAGGACUUAGUCGAUUGUAUGGAGCAUUGCAUACAAGAUGGAAAUGGGCAUGUACAGCGUACUUCAUCGCAAGUAGCAGAUUCAGAAUAUGUUUGCAUGUGGCGUAAUUGUAUACGCAUAAAAAAAAAUAUGCAAGCUUUUCCAUCGAUGUCCAGGUUAAUAAAACAUGUACGAGAAGUGCAUCUUAGUAAAUGUGGAAAAAAUAUACCGACAAAUGAACGUAGUAAGAACUAUGUGGUAAGAAAGCAUAAACCAGGUGCAUCACAUUCUAUGCAGCAAUCCAGUGCCACAUCGCCAAGAGGUGCUGCUAAUGUAGAAGGUAUGCAGCCACCAUAUCAAGCAAUAACACAUGUUCCACCACCAGAACCAAUGUUCAUUACUGUGCCACCUAAACCGCAAAGGGUCUUACAUUCAGAAGCAUAUAUUAAGUAUAUUGAAGGUUUACAAGGUCAUAAUAAUUUAAAUACACAAAUGACAUCAAAAAAAGCGGUAACACCAAUAAAGCCAGCUAAUAUCAGUAAAGUUAAUUUACCAACACACUGGCUUGGUCAGUACGCUACAGAAAAUGGAGAUGACGUUGUGCAAGCUUUGUGUCAUUUACGUAAUUUUAUGCUGGAUGAUGUAUUGCAGAUACAAAGAAAUUGCUAUUAAAACAAUAACUGAUAUUAUUAAAUUGAUAAAAUUAACAUAAAUUAUGUUUAACA